CUUUUCUGACUGCAAGGCAAAAACACCAAGAGGAGCAGACUCGCAGACCGGGCCAGCAGAGAUAGAUCGCUGCCCCCUCGAAGUCAAGAGAGCGGAAAAGAGAAGCGCUUGUGAGACGGCUGCCGGCUGCCCGAGAGACGCACCACCGCUGUCGGCCAACUGUUGGGAUUUACCGCUGAGAGCUCGGUUCCUACCCGCCCCCCCCACCCCCCUUCACUUGAAGAAUAAGUGACUCUACGAGGCAUCCUGCAAUGAGUCAAACCUGCACGUAACUCUUGAGUGUUGCACUGGAUUUGAUUUUGAUACUUCUUUUUUUUUUGGGGUUGUUUUAGGUUUUUGUUGUUGUUGUUGUUGAGCGUGCGUAAAUUGAGAGGGGGGCAGUUUUAUGGAAGUUUAAAAGUCUGGUUGUACGUAGUUUUUAGUGAGAUUUAAAAAGAGAGAGAGAAAAAAAACAUUUUCAAGGAUUUUAUUUGUUCCCUCGCUUUAUAUCGACGUCUCUCUCUCUCUCCACUUGGCGGAUUUUCGGGUGAUAACGUCAUGUCUCUGCUGCGCGUCUCGUUCGGUUUGAUCGCCGCGCUGUGCGUCGGCGCGGUGCGCACCGCGUGGGAGGAGAGCGCGGUGGUGCCGCUCAGACUGGACCCGGCGGCGGCGGCGAGCCCAGCCCAGCCGGGGCGGACUCCGUCCGCGGAGGAGCUGGAGAAGGAGGCGGAGAUGCGGGUCUACCGGUUGGACGUAUUCGGCAUGGAGCUGCUGCUGCAGCUAGAGCCUGACCAGACCUUUCUGGCGCCGGGGUUCGUGUUCAGCGUCGUGGGGAGUCCCGGCGCGGCUCUGCCGGAGAUGGAGGAGUCCGACGGCGGGGCCGAGCCGGGCUGCUUCUUCUCGGGCACGGUGAACGGAGACGAGCGCUCCGCCGCCGCGCUCAACCUGUGCCACGGUCUCCACGGCGGAUUCUACCUGCUGGGGGAGGAGUACUUCAUCCGGCCGCUCAACGCCAGCGGUGCGCGCAGCACGGAGGACGACGUGCACAUCGUCCGCCGGAGACGCCGCGCGUCGUUUGCCGAGGAGGGGAGCUCCAAGUGCGGGGUGAACGAGGACGAGGAGAGGGUGCCGGAGAACCUGGAGAACAAAGCCCCCAAGUCAGACCAGAAAGCUCACCAAAGGACCAGGCGUUUCGUCUCCGUCCCCCGCUACCUGGAGAUCAUGCUGGUGGCCGACCAGUCCAUGGCCGAGUUCCACGGCGCCGGCCUCAAGCCCUACCUGCUGACCAUCAUGGCUGUGGCCUCUCGCCUCUACCGCCACCCCACCAUCCACAACUCCAUCAGCCUGGCGGUGGUGAAGCUGCUGGUGGUGUAUGAAGAGGAGCGAGGUCCCCAGGUCUCCUCCAACGCCGCGCUGACGCUCCGCAACUUCUGCCAGUGGCAGCGGCAGCACAACCCACCCAGUGACCGCCACCCCGAGCACUACGACACCGCCGUGCUCUUCACCAGGACGGAUCUGUGCGGCGCCCACUCUUGUGACACCCUGGGCAUGGCCGACGUCGGCACGGUGUGUGACCGCGACAGAAGCUGCUCCAUCAUCGAGGAUGACGGGCUGCAGGCCGCGUUCACUGUGGCGCACGAACUCGGCCAUGUCUUCAACAUGCCCCACGACGAUGCCCAGCUGUGCGCUGGGAUCAACGGGGAACACUGGGGCUCCCACAUGAUGGCCUCCACCCUGUCCAACCUGGACCAGCAGCAGCCAUGGUCGCCGUGCUCGGCCCUCAUGAUCACCACCUUCCUGGACAACGGCCAUGGCCAGUGCCUUCUGGACAAGCCAUCCAAGCCCCAGCCACUGCCACAGGCCCUGCCCGGGAUGGCGUACGAUGCCGACCGCCAGUGCCGGCUGACGUUUGGCGAGGAGUCCCAGCACUGCCCAGACCUGAGCACCACGUGCGCGGCUCUGUGGUGCACGGUGACGACAACGAACGGCUUGCUUGUAUGCCAGACCAAGAACUUCCCCUGGGCGGACGGGACGCCGUGCGGACAUGACAGCUACUGUCUGGCGGGACAGUGUCUGCAUAAAACCCAGGCGGCCGUACACCAGAUUCCUGUCAACGGCGGCUGGGGAGUUUGGGGUCCGUGGGGCGACUGCUCUCGGACCUGUGGCGGAGGGGUGCAGUACUCCUUCAGGGACUGUGACAAUCCCCUUCCCAAAAACGGCGGCAAGUACUGCGAAGGCAAGAGGAUCCAGUACCGCUCCUGCAACACAGAGACCUGCCCCGAUACCAAUGGCCUGUCGUUCCGGGAGGAGCAGUGUCUGGCCCACAACGAUAUGUCAACUCAUGUGUCUUUUGGCUCUGGUGAAGGAGUGGAGUGGGUACCCAAGUAUGCAGGAGUGUCACCCAAAGACCGCUGCAAGCUGAUGUGCCGGGCCAAAGGCACUGGAUACUUCUUUGUCCUCAAGUCAAAGGUGGCGGAUGGAACACCCUGCAGCCCAGAUUCCACCUCGGUCUGCGUGCAGGGCCAGUGUGUGAAGGCCGGGUGCGACCGCGUCAUUGGCUCCAGUCGGCGCUUCGAUAAGUGCGGCGUGUGCGGUGGGGACGGCUCCACCUGCAAGAAAGUGUCGGGGUCCCUGGAUCGUGCCAGGCCUGGUUACCAGGACGUUGUGACUAUCCCCGCCGGUGCCACCCACCUCGAUGUCAAGCAGCGCUCCCCCGGCAACGGCCGUCAGGACAACAGCUACCUGGCCGUGCGGCGCCAGGACGGCACCUACCUGCUGAACGGCGAGUACAAGCUGAUGACCAUGGAGACUGACAUCCCCAUGCGGGGGUCGCUGUUGCGCUACAGUGGGUCCUCCGCCAUGCUGGAGCGCCUCCGCAGCUUCGCUCCCCUCCCCGAGCCCCUCGUCAUCCAGGUGCUGUCAGUGGGAGAUUCCCCGAGGCCCCGCGUCAAGUACAGCUACUUCUCCCCGAGGUUGCAUAACAGCGCUGGGGCCUCAGGCAACGGAGGCGGGGCAGGCCGCCGUCCGUCCAUCAAUGCCAUCCGUGAGGUCGGCGGAGCGGAGUGGACCCUGAGGGAGUGGGGUCCGUGCUCCCAGAGCUGUGGGGGUGGCACGCAGCAGAGGGAGUUGGUGUGUCUGGACCCCCACGGUCGUCCGUCCCGGGACUGCCCUGAGGAGCUCCGCCCACUGGCUUCGCGGUCCUGCGCCUCCCAGCCCUGCCCCUCCUGGCUGCUGGGCGAAUGGUCGGCCUGCUCCAAGACAUGCGGCCGGGGCUUCCGCAAACGUCCGCUGCGCUGCAUGGCCCACGACGGACGCACGCUGGCCCACGAGAGCUGCGACCCCAAAGACAGGCCGCGACCCCUGCUGGACUUGUGUAGUCAGGGCGCCUGCUAAGGACCAACCCGGCGGGACUGCCAUGCCCCCUUUUUUUUGAUUCCACCCAGAUGAUCAGCCGUCAGAAAGACUCCAGACCAAUCCUUUGCUCUUCUCCGCCCGUCGCCGCCUCAUCCCGGUGACCGUUUUAACGAGGCCUACAAAUGUUUACGACCAGAGCAAUAGUGCAGCAGGUUCCAGUUGGUCCCGGCUGGUCUGGCAGUUGCCCACACCUCAAAUGGGUCCACAGUGACUAAGACUGAGACUGCAACUGCAUACCAAGGUCUAUUAUAUGUGGCACUGCCACCUCCUGGCAGCAAUGAGGACUGCACGCAGCUAGCUGCCUGCCUUUAUAGCACAAAUGGUGGCACAUCUUACCGCCCCUCUCACCCCACCCACCCAGUGAAGGGGAAUAGUACAUGGACAUUCCUGUUUCCUCUUUUUUUCUAAAAAAAAAGAAAAAGAAAAAAAAAAGCAUGCUGCUUACCGUGCCAACGUCAUGCUUGUGUGUGUGUGUGUGUGUGUGUGCGUGUGUGCGUGUGUGUGUCUGUAAGGUGUUUAUACAUGUGUGUGUCGUUUGUCCAAGCUGGGCUGGACAGACAUUUAAGGGUGGGGUGGGAGGGGUGGGUGUUAUUGCAGGUACCGCCGUGCAGAGGCGGGCACCUCCAAGCGAGUAUAUAUAUACAUAUGUAAAGAAAGAAACGAGAGAGACUCUCCCGCAUAUAUUACUUAUUCACCCCAUCAGGUAUGGAAGAGAAGACGGCUCAUAGUUAGUGUGUUUUUUGUUUUUUUGUUCAAAUUUGCCAGUCCACCCUCCUUCAAGCGUAGAUCUUUGUAACCAUCCGCGCGAUGUACGCAGCCGAUCAUCGCUCUUAAGAAAAAGUAGACCCGUGCUUUGACCUUCAGCCACAUCUCGCCCUUGUCCGCAUGGACCCCAACGAGGGAACUGUCAAGAGACCAAAGAGGAGUGUGAGUGUGAGUGUGUGUGAGUGUGUGGGUGUGUGUGUGUGUGAGUGAGUGAGUGUGUGAGUGAGUGAGCGAGCGAGCGAGCGAGCGAGAGAGUAAAUAUGAGAUCUAGUGAGGGACUUAUCUCCUUCUACUACUUCAUAAGUAAGUCUCUCAUGCCUUCUGCGAAGGCACCUUGUUUCGUUUUAUCUUCUUUUUUUUAAAAUUUUGUACAGAAUAUCCAAACAUUAUUUAUUUUUGUACAGCCUGUUAAAUAUAAUCAUGUGGCUUUUUAAUAUUAUUUUUUAUUUGUUAUUUGUUAUUGAGACCACAGAAGGAAGUAGAGUAUAAAGAGUAUUUAUACAGUGUUAUAUAUAUAAAUAUAUAUAUAUAUAUAUGAAUAUAUAUAUAUGGUCCCUAGGUUCAUGAAUAAAGUAUCACAUUGACCUGUG